UGGGUGCUUAAAAGCCAUAAAGAAGGGACAAAGGAGAAGAAAGAGCAGUCACCAGUGAAUAGCAGCUAUGAUUAGGCUGUUCAAGGUGAAGGAGAAGCAGAGAGAGCUUGCCGAAGCCAAUGGAGGGUCACCUCUGAAGAGGCAAAGCCCUGGAGAGUUGCGGCUUCAUAAAGAUAUAUCUGAGCUGAAUCUACCAAAUUCUUGUGCAAUAUCAUUUCCCAAUGGCAAGGCUGAUCUUAUGAACUAUGAGGUUUCAAUUAAACCAGAUGAAGGAUACUACACAGGUGGUAAGCUCAUCUUUUCGUUCGAAGUUUCUUCUAUCUACCCACAUGAAGCCCCAAAAGUCAAGUGUAAGACCAAGAUCUACCAUCCUAACAUUGACUUGGAAGGAAAUGUCUGCCUCAACAUCCUACGAGAAGAUUGGAAACCUGUUCUUAAUAUUAACACCAUUGUUUAUGGAUUGUAUCAUCUUUUCACGGAACCAAAUCAUGAUCAUCCCUUAAACCAUGAUGCAGCUGCAGUGUUGAGAGACAACCCAAAGAUGUUCGAGUCCAAUGUGAAAGGGCAAUGACUGGUGGAUAUGUGGGGCAGACUUUAUUCCUAAGAUGCAUUUAACUUUUGUUUGGGUACACCACAGUGCUGAUUGUAAUAUUUGUUGUGCAAACUGCAUUUUCUUUCUUCAUCUUCAUUCAAGUGUGGAUGGAAUUGUGGUGUUCAAAACUAUUCAACUUUUGUGAUGCUGGUAAUGCUACUA